AUGACGUCUCGCCGACCUAGCACGGCCAAUGAUGCAGGCUCGUCACGCAUGCCUUUCACAUCAGCAGAGGCACUGCUCUGGGGGCCGGAAAUGAAGAAACAACAUGCAUUCCUGCUCACAGAGAUGCGUACACUUCAGAAACAGCAUGAAGGCUACGAUGCUCGGAUACGAGCUACUGAAGCUGUUGCGGCAGCGGCAGAACCCAUUGCAGUACAAGUUCGUCAUUUGGAACAACAACUCUCUGCCAUUGAGGCGGGAAAUAAUGACAAGACUUUCGAGAAGUGGGCCUCGGGCGAAAUGACGCGACUCAGUGUUUUCGUCGACACCAACAAGAACAUCCAACAGAAGCAGAUUGAGCUUGGCAACAAGGUAUCGAGCUUAUCAGAAAUGUUGGAGAAGCUCUCCCGUAGGCCCAUGGAAUUGGACACUGUCCUCCGACGCCUUGAACUUCUUGAGCAUAACCGCAAGGAGAAUGCGGAUCGGAUCCAAAGUCUAGAACGAGAGAUCGGCCGUCUCAAGUCUGUACGGGAAAGCGAACCUACUGAUAAUUUGUGUGCAAUAGUGGGACCAACGCCAAGAACAUACACCGAGGCAGAGUUAAUAGAGUCACAGCUACUGUAUUGUGGGUUAGUGGACGAAAUGACUGGACCGAAUGGCGAGUCAAUACUCCUUUCGCAAACAACCCCAUGCGAGGAAAUACAAGUCCCCCAAAGUCCUGUAAUACAAACAACAAGCCACGGUACGGCCGUUAUUGCACCUCCUGCCGAAGACUGCAAUAGCCUCAGUCUACCUGAUCAUACAAGUCAAAGACCCUCAAUCCAUGAUUUGAAUGUAUCGCGACCUAUAGGAGAGAAAAAUUUUGAGCCAGCACCUGCCAAGAAUCCAUGUUUCAAUAUACACCAUGCCUCUCCACCACCUACACAGCUUGUUUCCAGAGAGCGACAACGCAAGAAGCCUAUACCUACGCCCGAGCCACAGCAGAAGGUUGCACCACUUCCUAUAGACAAAGCUCCAGCAAGCGUAGCCCCAGCCACACAGCUCGUAGCCAGGAGACCACCCCGAAAGCGGAAGCAACCCCAUCCUGAGCUUCAAUCACAACGACUAACGCGUUCUUCGGCUAAGAAAAUGGAAGCGAGAGAAGGUGAGAUGCAGACAUCGAUAGGAUCGAACACUGUCCCAGGAGUCCAAUCAGCACCUAAAUUUGAGCCAAUAUCCUCACCACGGAAGAAAUUGAAGGCUACUGGUUCACCAAAGAAGAAGAAAAAUUCCACUCCACCUCCGGUGGUCACAUGUCCAGAAGUUCAAAAAAGUCUAAUAGUGAAACUGUCAUCUCCACGAAAACAUCAUCGCGAACUGGACCGCGAUCGUCCUUCAAAAUACCUAAGAAUGCGGCAAAUUCUCGGGGUGGGCAACCUCAAGAUGAAUCAGUAA